CCGCUCUAGGCUCCGCCUCGUUGGUUGGAAGGCAAAGGGAGGGGGUAGGCGAGCCGCGCGCGCUGUGGUGGAGGGUCGCUCUAGGCUCCGCCUCGUUGGUUGGAGGGAGGUGAGUCGCGCGCGCGAGGCGCGUGCGCAGACUGCUUCGCAGCAGGCCUCGCGCGGGCACACCAGCGCGCAUGCCCCGUGCACGCCUAAGCCCGUCCCUCCCUCCUUCCCUUCGCUGGUUACUCUCACUGAGUUAGCGCCGCCGCCGCUCGCUCGGUCACGUGGUACGCGCGCGCUUGGAAUGCACGCCAGGGGCUACGGCCUCCGACUCUGGACAGAUUAGCUCCAUUCCCAAACGCCUGGGAUUGGAAGCCAUCAUGACGGGGCCAGCCCCCUCCGUUCCCGAGUUCAGGGUCCUCAGGAUAACGGUUAAUCUGCUGUCAAAACUUUGUUCAGAUAUUAAGAAAAGAUACUUCAUUGUUCAUGGAGUUUUUCAUCAGUAUGUCUGAAACCAUUAAAUAUAAUGACGACGAUCACAAAACCGUGUUUCUGAAAACAUUAAAUGAACAGCGGUUGGAAGGAGAAUUCUGUGACAUAGCAAUUGUAGUAGAAGACGUGAAAUUUAGGGCCCACAGGUGUGUGCUUGCUGCUUGUAGUACUUACUUUAAAAAACUUUUCAAAAAACUGGAAGUUGACAGUUCAUCAGUAAUAGAGAUAGAUUUCCUUCGGUCUGACAUAUUUGAAGAAGUGCUAAAUUACAUGUACACAGCCAAGAUUUCAGUUAAGAAAGAAGACGUAAAUUUAAUGAUGUCAUCCGGUCAGAUUCUUGGCAUUAGAUUUUUGGAUAAACUUUGUUCCCAAAAACGUGACGUGUCUAGUCCAGAAGAUAAUACACAAUCAAAAAACAAGUACUGUCUUAAAAUAAAUCGAUCAAUUGGUGAAUCUAAUGAUAACCAAGAUGAUGAUGUUGAAGAAAUUGGAGAUCAUGAUGAUAGCCCCUCGGAUAUGACGAUGGAAGGAACUCCUCCUAGUCAAGAAGACGGCAAAUCACCAACUGCUACACUAAGAGUUCAGGAAGCAAUUCUGAAAGAGCUGGGGAGUGAAGAGGUUCGAAAGGUAAACUGCUAUGGUCAGGAAGUAGAGUCUAUAGAAUCUGCUGAAACUAAAGACUUAGGAUCACAAACUCCACAAGCUCUCACAUUUAAUGAUGGCAUCAGUGAAGUGAAGGAUGAACAGACACCAGCAUGGACGACAGCUGCUGGUGACAUGAAAUUUGAAUACUUACUUUAUGGUCACAGGGAACAGAUUGCAUGUCAAGCAUGUGGCAAAACAUUUUCUGAUGAGGCACGAUUGCGAAAACAUGAAAAGCUGCAUACUGCUGAUAGACCCUUUGUUUGUGAAAUGUGCACUAAAGGCUUUACUACUCAAGCUCAUUUGAAGGAGCAUCUGAAGAUCCACACAGGCUACAAGCCAUAUAGCUGUGAAGUUUGUGGGAAGUCUUUUAUUCGUGCUCCAGAUUUAAAGAAGCAUGAACGAGUUCACAGCAAUGAGAGGCCGUUUGCAUGUCAUAUGUGUGACAAAGCUUUCAAACAUAAGUCCCACCUGAAAGAUCACGAAAGAAGACACAGAGGGGAAAAGCCUUUUGUCUGCAGUUCUUGUACCAAAGCGUUUGCCAAAGCAUCUGAUUUAAAGAGGCAUGAGAACAAUAUGCAUAGUGAAAGGAAACAAGUAACAAGUACCAGUGCUCUUCAAAGUGAAACAGAACAAUUACAAGCAGCAGCCAUGGCUGCUGAGGCAGAACAGCAACUUGAAACUAUAGCAUGUAGUUAAAGACAAAAGUACUGUUUUAAAAUGUGUGGUCUGAUAAGCUCACAGCUGAGAUGAAUAUUUGAAAAGGGACUUAACAGAGCAAGAAAUGUAGUUUGCGAUUCACAGCAAAGACCCACCCCAUCAGAAAUAUUAAACAAGGGACAAGGCCGUGGGUUGGGCAACAGUCCAUUUGGAUAUAAAUGAAAAAGCAAUGACAGACUCUUAUUCCAUUAGAAAACUCAAGGUUUUAGUGCAUGCUUGUCCCGUUGGAGCGGACUCUAUGCAUGUGGAAUGGAAGGCCUUACACUCCAGUGAACAGUGAAAUGAAGAUUAAAUGUUUCAUUUUAAACUACUUUUAUUCCAGUAAUUCCUGUUGCUUGGCAUUCUAGUUCUGAGUAUGUUUGCUGUGAUGCUGGGAAUCCCUGAAUUCCCACAGAAAUUGUCAGCAGUGGUAAGAAGUGACAGGACAAGCUGCUGAACCAAAAAUGUACUCCGAUUAGGGAUUCAUUGGAUUGAAGCUGUUACAUGAAAGUAAACCUCAGUGGAUUUCAGUAGAAAUUAGUUCCCUGUAAGUAUGAUAAAAUGAGCUUAACAUCAUGCUCUUAGGUUUCAUUGGUCUGCAGAUGUUGCUCUCAGUGAAUAUUGAACAGCUUGAAUAAAUUAUGCUACAACAUUUUUUAUUAUCUUUAAAUUAUGAUUUGGAAUGAAUACAAGAACUCACUUGGGAAAAAAAUUGCACUAAAUGCCAGCCCUCUAAUCAAAAUUUAUGGUGAUGUAAUAUAACUUCAGUGUUUCAUCAGAUACCUCUUUGCAGUUGUCUUGUUCCAGCUUAAUCCAUUAUAGUGGUCACUGAACAAUAGGGACUGCCUUGCUUGUUUUAAUUACUCUAGGUGGUGACUUAGAAUAUCACAGUUUCUCCCCCCCUCCCUUAAUCAUCAAACUUCAAGGCUAUAAUCCCAUGCAGACAUGCAGCUGUACUCAGUGGAGCUUGCUUGUAAGCAAACAUGCACCAGACCAGGCUGUAAGACACAGUGCACUCUUUCAUGGUGAUGUUCUAAAUGGAGGUCAUUUGUAUGAGCCUGCCAUGGCUGUCAUAGAGUUCUCUCACACAUUAUUCUGUCCUGUGUUUUCUCUGUGAGUGAGUGAACUCAGCCUGCCGUUUCACUAAAUGGUAUGACUCAGAUACAACCUUAGCACUUAAAUUAAUAUUGUGCCUGUAUUAGAACAGUCUUUUUAUGAAACUCAGGAUAAACUGGUCUGAUGGAAUAUAGUUUGCUGAGGAUGCACUUUAAAAGAAUAUAAGGAGACAUAUUACUGUUCCAGUUUAACAAAGGAAUGUAAAAUUACAUAGCUGAAUCCCAUUCUGUUUACCUGUGAUGUUUCCUGGUUCAAAAUUAGGCAUUCCACAAGUCUUACAGCACAGUACUAUGCGUGUUUACUCAGAAAUCCCACUGAAUUCAGUAAUGAUGAUUUCUAACUAAUGUGUAUAGGACUGCAGUCUUCAGCUGCAGUUCAGUUACCUGUGAUGUUUGGUGUUUUGGAGAUAUACAUCCUAAUUCUUUAUUUGGAAGUCCUACUAAUUUCAACUGGGCUGAUUUAUUAUUAACCGGUGCUUAGUAGCUACAGUUAUUCUGCUUAUCUCACAGAACCACCAGCUUUUCUUUUUCUUUUCUUUUUUUUGGACUAUGUUCUACAUGUGUCUCUGGAUAUCUGUUAAGGCAGGAAGAUGCCUAUUAAGAGGUGUUCAAGAAAUGAAUAUGUAUAAAAUUUCUAUCAUUGGGCAUUUUACUGUAAAGGGGUAUGACAAAUUUAUGAUUUCACCAUUUGUUUAGUCCGCCCACCUCAAGUUGAUUAACUGGUUUGAUUUGAAAUAGAAUUAUCAUUUUGAUAUACAGUCACCCCUCCUAAUGUGCAGAUCUGAGAUCUGCACACUUGAAUAUAUGCGGAGGGGUGACCUCCACUAUUUGCAAUGGCAUGCACGCCUGACAUGCAGAGGGACGUGCACCAUUCAAGCCUAGGGAGCAUGAACAGGUCCCCCGCAAAAACAGAGGGCCAACUGUACUUUCAUAUUUUUCAGUUGUUACAGUUUCAUUUGUAACAAAUUAUAGAAUGGAAUUCCCAUUCAGUAAAAGGGAAGCUGGUAGUCAGUCAGAGUCUUUAAAGAAAAAUGUCAACAUAUUUAGCCUUUUUUUUUUUUUUACAUACUUGUAUCUUUAUUAUCAAGAUUACAUUUUAAGUAACAUUGGACAAUAUUAGUGUUUUUUUAACAUCAGGUUAGAAUGAGUAAUUGUAAAUUAUUGUUGUGUCAAAUCAUAUUUUGCAUUUCUAAAUAGUAAUUAUGGCUAACAUUUUUAAGUAUUAGAAUAAAAUUACAUCCAACUAUUGGUCUUUGCUACAGUGUCAUUGUGAAUCAUCCAUUGAAUAGUCAAGUUUAAGUUAGAUUUAAAGUGCUAAGAGUUUGAAAAUUGUCCUGUAAAUAAAACAUGACUAUUUUAGAAUAUAUACAUGUUGUGUCCCUGUACCUCUUCCAAG